UUCUGUAAUCCAGUUUGAAGUGGUCGCUGAGGAUGUCACCAGUUGCAGCUAGUCUGUAAGACCUGUAGUGCAUCGGCACUGUGGUUUUAUAGACUUUGGAGCAACGUUGCUUAUUACUUUUAUUCUAUCUAAAAAAUGGUCUAAAACUAAAUUAAUAGUCUUUAGCUAUGAGUCUGAUGUGGCUAAAUAGAUCUUUCAGUUUAUGCUACCACACAAAUGUGUAGUUUGCAAUUUAUUGUGUUUCAGUAAUACGCCAAUUUAACAGGAAAAAUCUGAGUAAAUCUUCACAAUUUGGGACAAACUGUAUUCAUCCAUAGGAAGUGAAAUCUGAAGAAAUCUUCCAAGAGUGAUGACAUGUCAGCAAUGGUGAAGCUCGCCAUGAACACUUCAGCCAACACCGUCGGACCAAACCAGUAAAAUCUGUCUUUAUGGAGUUUCAAAAUGACAUUUUCUAAACUGCUGAACGAGAGCAAUGAUGAAAUCUCCUUGGACGAGGCGGUUAACGGGUCUUUGUCGGAGCACAUUCUUUCCAACAUCAGCAACAACACCACCGGUGUGGACAUCACCCUCGACUCUCAAGUCAUCGCUGUGGGAGUCUUUCUGGCCUUUUUCAUAUUAGCGGCCAUCGUCGGGAACAUUUUGGUUAUUCUCUCGGUACUGUGCAACAAACAUUUGCAGACGGUCACAAACUUCUUCAUCGUGAACCUGGCCAUAGCGGACCUUCUGCUGAGUACCAUCGUCUUGCCGUUCUCCGCUUCGCUGGAGGUGUUAGGAUGCUGGGUGUUCGGUCGGGUCUUCUGCAACAUCUGGGCAGCGGUGGAUGUCCUCUGUUGCACGGCGUCGAUAUUAAGUUUGUGCAUUAUAUCCAUAGACAGAUACAUAGGGGUGAAAUACUGUCUGAAGUACCCCACCAUCAUGACUGAACGAAAAGCAGCUGUCAUACUCGUGGUGGUCUGGGUGUCUUCGGUGGUUAUUUCAGUCGGACCCCUUUUGGGGUGGAAAGAGCCUCCGCCGUUAGAUGAGAGCAUCUGCAGGAUCACGGAGGAACCGGGCUACGCACUUUUCUCCUCAUUAUUCUCCUUUUACCUCCCACUCAUGGUGAUAUUAGUGAUGUACACUAGAGUUUACAUAGUGGCCCGCAGAACUACAAAAAGUUUGGAAGCGGGUGUCAAACGGGAGAGAAAUAAUUCAAUGGAAGUGGUGCUGCGGAUACACUGCAGGAGCAUGCCGGAAGAUACGAGCACCACAAACUCCAAAACCAAAACGCACCCGUUCAGAAGUUCACUGUCCGUGAGACUCAUGAAGUUCUCCAGGGAGAAGAAAGCUGCUAAAACCCUCGCCAUCGUCGUGGGAAUGUUUAUUCUCUGUUGGCUUCCGUUUUUCUUCGUUUUGCCUUUGGGGUCUUUCUUCCCAAAUUUAAAGCCCUCUGAGAUGGUGUUCAAAGUAAUAUUCUGGUUGGGGUACUUCAACAGCUGCAUUAACCCGGUAAUCUAUCCCUGCUCCAGUAAGGAAUUCCAGCGCGCCUUUACUCGUCUGCUGCGCUGCCAGUGUCAGCGUCGCCAUCGCAUAUUGCGUAGAUUCUAUGACCAGCACUGGAGAACGGCCAUGAGGGGAGCCAGGAGGGAUUCGCACCAGGACUGCUGCUCUAGAUUUCCCGUCCACGAGCAAUGUGGCAACUCUAUCUAUUCCUGCCAGAGCAAGAGCCAGCCUCUUAGCCUGAAGGGCUGGAGCUUCUUUCCCCCCUUACAGAAGUCCUCCUUCCAGCUGAAAGAGAAAAUGAACAACCUUUCCAAUAAGAUCAAGAAUGGGACAGGGAAGAGCAGCACGUCUGCUCUGAGCCGGUCAGAGAUUGACACGGUCUCCAUGGGGAUAUAUAAUGACUGCAGCGAUCAAAGCGACUACAAGAUCUAUGACCUCACAGAGUGCUAUGGCCUGAAGGAAACAGACAUCUAAACAAAGAUUGAGAUUACAGUAUGUGUUAUUUUAGAGCUCUGACUUCUGACAUGCUGCCAGGCAAAUAUUUGGCUCUGAGGGGUUUUUAAAUUUUUUUGUCUUUUGAUCAAAGACUUUUAUUCUAGUUAUGUCUUAAAAAUUAUGACUUUGACACAGUUCGGAAGCAAAUCUGAGAUAAAAUGACAAGGAAAAUGUGAGUUAAAGGGACUGUUCACCCAAUAAUACAAUUCUGUCAUCAUUUAAUCAACAUCAUGUCAUUCCAGUCACCAUUCACUUUCAUUGCAUCGAAAUCUCAAUGACUGAGACAGACAUUCUGCCUAACAUCUUCUUUUAUGUUCCACAGAAGAAAAAAUGUCAUAUGGGUUUAGAAAAAUAUGAGAGUAAGCAAAUGAUUAUAUUAUUUUAAUUUUUGGGGGGUUUGUGAAUUAUCCCUUUCAAAGAGAUAAAUGUAUAUUUUCAGAUGGAUACUUUAAGAAUUUUUGUUUAAAUGUGGGAAAGUACACUGAAUGCACAAAUAAGGAAAACUACAUUCACUGCACUGGACCAGAUGUGCUAUCCCAUGGCAACCAAAUAGACUCAUAGCUGCUGGGUGUCUGUAUACUGUGUUGUCCAUGUGGCCUCUGUGAAGUAUUCUGUCAAAUGUUCAAACUCCCUGAUAAUCUGCAAGGCAACACUGAAGAGUGUGUUUGUACUUACAAAUAGAGAUUGUUGCAAUUACCUUGACCUGUUGCCCAUUACGUGUGAAUGGAAAGCAUAUUUAACUGUGAUAUACUCAAAGACUGUUGAAACUAUGACACUGAUUAUUACUGACACAACAAUUCACUGUGAUUCACUAAGUGAUUCACAGAUUACUGUGGAUUCAAAUGAUUCAAAGUGAUGUGGAGGUACAUAACUUUAAAUGUGAGGCACAAUUUGUAAUUAAAGAUUUAAUUACAAUUUAACAAUAUAAUUACAGCUAUUUUCAAUAUUUCAAAAGGGUUUCUCUGUGCUAUUCCUGCAUGUCUGUUGAACCCAGAUAAAGUGACAUUUUAAAGUAAUCUCAAACAGCACAGACAGUAAAAAUCAUUGUUUAUAGACUACAACUCAGUUUGU